CCCUGUCUCCUGUCUCCUCCUGCUGCUGAUGCAAGAGCUGAGCGCGGCGGCGAGGUGGGCAGAGAGGCGAGAGGCGCCUGGGAGACGGAGCGAGGAGUGACUGACUUGGCCGGCGGCGUUGCGGCCACCCAGAGCGGGGACGAACCCUUCCGAGCUUCUGCCUUGAGGGCCGGCGAGAGCCGCAGCCAUGUCGGGAGACGAGAUGAUUUUUGAUCCUACUAUGAGCAAGAAGAAGAAGAAGAAAAAGAAGCCCUUUAUGCUUGAUGAAGAAGGAGGAGAUGCACAAACAGAAGAAAUGCAGUUAUCAGAAACAAAAGAAAUGGAGCCAGAGCCAGUGGAAGACAAAGACACAGAAGCAGAUGAAGAGGACAGCAGGAGAAAAGAUGCAUCAAAUGACUUAGACGAUUUAACAUUCUUCAAUCAAAAGAAGAAGAAGAAGAAAACAAAAAAGAUAUUUGACAUAGACGAAGCUGAAGAGGGUGUAAAGGACCUGAAAAUUGAGGGGGAUGUUCAAGAGGUAGCAGCAGAACAAGCAGAAGAUGACCUUGAUAUCAUGCUUGGAAAGAAGAAGAAGAAGAAGACUGUGAAGUUUCCAGAUGAGGAUGACAUAUUGGAUAAAGAUGAAGCAUUGGAGGAUGAAGACAGCAAAAAAGAUGAUGGAAUCUCCUUUAGCUCUCAGUCCGGACCUGCAUGGGCAGGCUCAGAGAGGGACUACACAUAUGAUGAGUUGCUGAAUCGUGUUUUCAACAUUAUGCGAGAAAAAAAUCCAGAUAUGGUAGCUGGUGAAAAACGAAAAUUUGUCAUGAAGCCUCCACAAGUUGUAAGAGUAGGAACCAAGAAAACAUCAUUUGUCAACUUCACAGAUAUCUGUAAACUAUUACAUCGUCAACCAAAGCACCUCUUGGCUUUCUUGCUUGCAGAAUUGGGUACAAGUGGCUCUAUAGAUGGUAACAACCAGCUUGUAAUCAAAGGAAGAUUCCAACAAAAACAGAUAGAAAAUGUCUUGAGAAGAUAUAUCAAGGAAUAUGUCACCUGUCACACAUGUCGGUCGCCAGACACAAUCUUGCAGAAGGACACCAGAUUAUAUUUUUUGCAGUGUGAGACCUGCCACUCGCGCUGCUCUGUCGCCAGCAUCAAAACUGGUUUCCAGGCUGUCACCGGCAAGAGAGCGCAGCUCCGUGCCAAAGCUAACUAGUUGGUUGGUCGACACUGGAUUUUUCAAAGUGAUCUGGGCACAAAAGGCUGGACAGGCUUACGACCUGAGUGGAUUUCCAAUGUAUUAAAACAAGAUUGUAAAAGCUGCUUGGCUUUGGGUUGGUCUGUGAAAUUCUUGCAAGAUGCAGAUCCUCAAGCUGUUGACAUUUGCUAACUGAAUAUUUUACCAACUGUCAAGUGUGAUGAGAGGAGGUGCUUUUUAAUCUGUUCAUAGAAUUCUGUAAAAUGCAAGACAAAUUAAAGUUAUUAUAACAGUGA